UAAAUGCGGCUGCUGUGUGCACCCAAAAAACCCAGAGAGACAGGACCCUUGUCUCGUAAUCGAUUCCAGCUCUAGAGAUCGCACGAAAGUUUAUCAAUCCAUCCAUCAUCAAUCCUUCAGUUUUCGAAACGUCUGGUGAUUUUAAUCCAAGAUCAUCGUUGAGUUCAAACGCUUUUAUUUUCGGAAUUUGUGUUUCUGGUCGGUGUUAACUGAUUUGUUUUCUUUGAUCGUGUUGUAAUUUACUUAUUUCGAUGGAAUAUUUUGAUGGGUUUUUAUUGUUUUGAAAUGGGUCAUGUAGAGUUUCGGGUUUCUGGAGGAAUUUGUGUAGAUUUUUUUGUUUGAAUUUUGGUUUUUUUUUUUUUUUUUUAAAUGAUCUCUUUGGGAACUCGAAAUGCGAGGAAGGGCCUGGAAUUAGAGUUUGGGGGUGGUGUUAAGAGAAAUAUGGAAGAAUCUGAGCUCGAAGAAGGAGAAGCUUGCUCCUACAAUAACAACAACGACGAUUAUAAUACCAUCAUGGACCCUGAUAUUGAUCUCUCUUACAUUGAUGAAAAGCUUCAAGAUGUUUUGGGACACUUUCAGAAAGAUUUUGAAGGUGGAGUUUCUGCUGAGAAUUUGGGGGCAAAAUUUGGUGGCUAUGGUUCAUUUCUACCUUCUUAUCAGCGGUCUCCUGUUUGGUGUCGUCCUAGGACUCCACCAAAAGUUCAGACCUACAAUGCACCUAUUUCACCAAACAACUUGCAUCAAGCGGGUGUCCAUUGUGAGUCCACAGCAUUGUCAACCAUGACUCAGUCAUUGAGUGUUGGAUCUGCUUCUCGUAAUGGCUCGUCAUUGCCUUCACUGAAGGCGUCCUCCAGUCAUGAUAUGUUUAAUCAAGACGUACACCCACCCACUCAUUGUUCUGAAAGUUUUACUGCUGCACAUGAAUCUGCAAACAGGAAAUCUUCUAAUUUUCCAGAGAAACAACUGACUUUCCGAAUCAGAGUGGGUUCUGAUAACUUGUUGACUGGAAAGAAUACUGAAAUAUACAGUGGUCUUGGCCUUGAUGGGUCGCCAUCUUCAUCACUUGGUGAGAGUCCUUCGGAAAGUGAAGGGAUGUCUCAUGAGUAUCUUGAGGCACCUUUUGAAUCUCCGACAAGCAUCUUACAGAUCAUGACUUCUUUUCCUGUGCUUGGAGGUUUAUUGUUAUCACCUCUUCCCGAUGCUCUAACGCACUUGAAAGAAAACUGUGGAUCGAUGCCUGUUCGAAUGGUUGGUCCAAAUAGUUCCAAGACUAAACUGGGUGUGGCUCAUUCUUCGAGGGGUGAUGGGAAAGUGUCAGGAGAGAAGAAAACAAUAUCGUUAGAGAAUAAUGAUUUUUCUACAAAAACAGAAUUUAAUGUUGGCAUUAGUGGAGAUGCUGAGAAUACCAUUGAUGCUUUGUCAAGAAAUGAGGCAGACCUUGACACAUUGGCUUCAGAGCUUAUUUCUAGUACCUUAAAGCUUCCACUCCUGUCUAAUUCACAUACAACAGUUGGUGACUCAUCAAAAGUGGGUAGGGUGUCUGAUAUGUCUGAAGAUGCUUGCAAGGGUAUAAGGAGGGGAAAGGUCUCCUCUGAUUGCACGAAAGAUGAACCUUUGGGGCCAAUUUUCGCCCAAGAGGAUGAGUGGGUUGGGAAAUCUGAUCCAGUUCAAGUUCAGGAAGACAGAAAUGUUAGUUUUCUUGAUGAAGGUUCAGGCUACCCAAGGAAGGACCUGGAAGGAAGAAAACCACGCAACUUUGUCCAGACUGACUCAAAUUUUCCCAAGGGAGGGAAUGUGGAACUUCCUAAGAAAAAGGCCUACCAACAAGUUGUUUCCCAGGGAGAAGAAAUUAUGCAGUUACCUCCUAACAAGGAGCAACCAUCUUCUGGAGGAAAAAAGAAAGUGAAGGUGAGCAAAAGCCAUAAUAUCCUAGAUGCAGAUGUGUCAAAAGAUAGCUCUAGGGUUUGCACUUCUUUGGUGCCAAAAUAUAGUAAGGAUUCUCAUGAUGGUUUUGCAACUAAAAAAGAAUAUGAAAAUUCAAAACUACCAAAAACUACUGAAAAGGCUGAAGAUACCUAUAGAGAGAUUUUUGGUGACACGUUAGAAUUAGAAAAAGAAGAAAAACAAUUAAGUUCGCCGGAAAUGCUUGGUGAAGAAAGGCUGCGGGAUGCUAUGGUCGUUGAUAAAAGUGCAUAUUUUAGUAGCAAUGCUUUAAAACAGAGUUCAAGUGGUAAGAAAAUGGAUAAGGCUGCUACAUCAGAUGCAGCAGCUUCAAAUGUUGCUUCUCGCCCUGGAAAUGGACCUUUUUAUGAUGCAGCUUCUGCAGCAGCUGCCUCUGAGGAUAGUUGGGUCUGUUGCGACAAAUGUCAGAAAUGGCGGCUUCUUCCACUUGGUACAAAUCCUAAUGACCUACCAGAGAAGUGGCUGUGUAGCAUGCUUGACUGGCUGCCUGGAAUGAACCGAUGUAGUUUCAGCCAGGACGAAACAACAAAUGCCGUUCUUGCAUCCCACCAAGUCCCUGUUCUAGAUACUCAAAAAAAUGUUCAAAGUAAUCCUGGUGGGGCUGUAUUGAAAGGCAUCUUUGCCGAUGCUCUGAAUCCCAAGCAAAAUGACUUGAGAUUUGGUAUUCAUGCCAUGGCUGCUGGUGGUGGCAAGAAGAAGCAUGGUCCAAAAGAAAUAUCAAAUGCAGCAGGUAAAGCUGGUACCUUUCGGUCCUCAAAUUCUGUGAAGAAGAACGUGCAGACAUCUGUCAGAAAUGGAAGCUUAAAUGAUAAUAAUCCGUCUCCUGGGGUAAGCGAACCUUAUUUUCCGCAGCUAAGCAGGCAAAGUGAGUUCACACCAGAGAGGCAUAAACAUAAGCAAAUAGAGAAGCACAUAGUACAUGAGAACAACUCCACUGGAGGUAUUACCAAGGGUUCUAAGUUAAAAAGCAGAAGAGAUUCCGAUCUUAAUGGUUUAACAGCAUCAAAGAAAAUCAGGACUGAGAGUUUGCAUUGUACAGAUGAAGAUUGGAUGUCUGAUCAUGGUGAGGGUGUGGGGAAGGUGGGCCAUAGUUCAGGCACUGGUUCACAUAUUAUUUCAACUGGGAAGGAUCGGCCUAGAUACAAUGAACACUCUUCUUCUAAGGACUUAAAAUGUGAUAAAAAGGACAGGCUACAAUUUUCUGUUAAACAACCAAAAGACCAAGAUGUGGCAUCCUUGGAUAAUGGGUCCAUGCGUGUGGAAAACAGUGAAGCUAGAGACAUCACGAUGAAAAAGAGGAGAAUGAAGGAAACUCAGGACUCUGAGAUUUAUCCAGGGUCAAAGAAGGCCCGUGUAUCCAAGUCUGAGGAAAAACAGUCUAUUGCAAGUAAAGGCAACGGUAGAACAGACAAAAGAGGCAGUCACACAAAAAGCCAGCAAAUGAGGCUAGAUCCAGGGAGCAAUCUGUCUCAGCGGAGCUUGGAAGGUAUGCAUUCUAUGAAAAGGGAUUCUGGACACAUACAACCUUCUGCAGCUGCUACUUCAAGCUCUUCUGAGGUUUCCGUUUCCACUAAAAGUAAAGCCAGCUUCCAUGAAGCAAGGGGCUCACCUGUGGAAUCAGUUUCAUAUUCUCCAAUGAGAGUUGAGAAUCCAGAUAAGUUCAUGUCAGCCAAAAAGUGUCUCAUUGUGAAAGAUGACUCUUGCAAUGCUGAUCAUUUUGGUGUAAGUAAUCCAAGAAGAUGCUUAGAUGGUGAAAAUGAAGGUGAGGGUAAUCGAUUAGGGAAAGCGAGGAAGGAGAAACGCUCUGAAAUGGCGCAUCAUGGUUCUCAUGAGUCCUUUGUGCCAGAUUUUCCGGACAAGGGCUUGAGCCACUUAUCUGGUGUUGAAGGUGAAGCACAUACUGCACCCUCUUCUGAUAUUGCAAACCACCACUUUACAAAUGGUGAUGCUAAUCAGCUAGACCAAAAUUCUCGAUAUCACAGAAAACCAACGACUUUGGACCAAGACCUUAAUGAGGAAAGACGGAAUAAAAGUAAUUGUCGUGCUAAUGGAUCUGACCCUAGGAAGUCUAGAGAAGGUUUGUCUUUGCAUUUUAAGGAUAAGAACCAGAAUUCUAAUUCCAAGUUUGGGGUAGACAAUAUCAAGCUUGCUGGUCCUGCUGAUGCAUUGCAAGAUCAUCAAACUUCCUCUAAAGUAAAACUUAGGCAUAAAAUCAAACCUCAGGAUAAGUUAGGGGUUGACUUUGAUGAAAGUGGAGAUAGAUAUCUUGGUAAAGACUCUUCCCGAAAAUCGUUAAGUGACAGUGGCAAAAGAGAGAGUCACUUGAAUUUCGGCGGAAAUGAUGCUGCAUACAUCAAAUUAGAUGCUGUUCGCAGCCAGGAUCAAACUUCUACACCAAAGCAGUGUCUGCUGCAAAACUGCAAUGGAGAUCGAUCUUCAAUGAGAAUCCAGUCUCAUGAUGCUGAUAAAGUGGAGAAAGUCUGUGGGCGGGGGAAGUCACUUUCAGCAGAACCCUCUGAACGAGUUCAAAAUGGGGCAAUAUCUGGAUUAUCUGUGCCAGAUUCGGGGUCCCAAAAUGGAAACGGAGCAAACAAUUUGCCAUUAGAAGCCUCUGAAGGGGAAAAUGCAUUGAAGGCCCCUAGACAUUUGAGAAAUCUGGAUCAUCAGAGUAGGUUUCAGCAGAUUAUCCCAAGACAUUCCACUGCAAAUGGGCAAAAGGUUGGGGAUCCUGAUGCCCCAAGUCCAGUCAGAAGGGAUUCCUCCGGUCAUGCUGCAGCUAACCUUAUCAAAGAGGCGAAAAAUUUAAAGCACAUGGCAGAUCGCCUGAUGAAUUCUGGUUCCAGUAGAGAGAGUACAGGGCUGUACUUUCAGGCAGUUCUCAAGUUUCUUCAGGGUGCCUCUCUAUUUGAAUGUAGUGCUGGUGAAAGCAAGCAUGGAGAGAGUCAGUCGAUGCAAAUUUAUGGUAGCACCGCAAAACUCUGCGAUUUUUGUGCACAUGAAUAUGAAAAAUGCAAAGACAUGGCUAAUGCUGCAUUGGCAUACAAAUGCAUGGAGGUGGCAUACUUCAGGGUAAUUUAUUCCAAACAUACCAGUGCAAACAAAGUUCGGCGUGAGUUGCAGACAGCUCUACAAAUAGGUGGGUCACCUUCGUCUUCUGCUUCGGACAUUGAUAACUUGAACCAGCUAACAGUGGAUAAGGUUCCUUUACCCAAAGGUGUAAGCCCUCCUCAAUGUGCUGGAAAUCCUGUCAUUGCUGCUCGAAACCGUUCACAUUUUGUGAACUUGCUUGAUUUUGCUCAGGAUGCAAUUUUUGCUAUGGAAGCCACUAGAAAAUCACAGAUUGCUUUUGAAGCUGCAAAUGUAAGCUUGGCAGGAGGUCAAUACAAAGAGGGCAUUUGUUCAAUUAAAAGGGCUCUUGAUUUUAACUUUCGAGAUGUAGAGGGAUUCCUACAUCUGGUACGACUUGCAGUGGACACCAUCAGCCCGUAGAGUCCCAGUGUUUGUGGGUACUCUGUUAUCCUUAUGAAGAAAAUUUUGAUUUUGGUUGGUUUAUCCUUGGGUAUCAAGACUCUGAGGAGGAAAGAAGGCUGAGCUGAAUUUUUUCGGCUGCACAACUUCUGUUAGUAGCUCUUUUGCACAAAAACUCGAUGAGAUCUGUACCCAUGUGCAGACAGUACAGGAUAAAUCCGAAUUUUCAGCUUAUCAUUUCUGUGGUUUCUGAUUCCUUUCUGACAUGAGAGAGGACCAGCAUUUCUGAACCCAUAUCAAGAUUGGUGCUUGGUGUUCAUAAUGUUUCUGAAGAAUAAUAUUGUGCUUUGUACAAAUAGUCAGAUUUAUAGUCAAACUGGAGACUGGUUGAAGACGUAAAUGUGUACAGAGAAUCAGGUGAAAAUGUGUUGUGUUAAAGUUCAGAUACAAAGGUUGCCAUCACUGAGACAUUGAGUCCUUAUGUCCCUCUAAUAUGUCACCUAAUGAUUUCUCUGAGACGUCUUUUGGAGGGGAAAACCACCAGUUAUUUGCCUCAGCUUUUCGAUCUUGCUUUACAGGCUACUCAGACCGUUAUCUUUCUUUCGUCCCUUUGUAUCAGUAAAACAUACUGGACGGCAGUCUCAGGUUGUAUUAUCCGGCUUAAAUCCUAUUCUUUGUGGUUUAUAGAGACAAGCAGGAAAAGGUUAGAUAUAUAUAUAUAUAUAUAUAUAUAGACAGCUGAAAAUUGAUUUGUUGUUAUAGUCAUGUUGAUCCAACUGCCAAGGCGCUGCGCUUAUUUUCAUUACAGCAGGGGGAUUAUUGUUGUAUGUAUAUACAAUCCAUGAGCACUCUUUGCCUAAGGGGUUCGAGUGAGGCAGUCAGUUCCCAUGCCGGUUAGACUCACAUUACCUACUGUAAACAAAGUUUACGACGAAUAAAAUCGACCUCAUUUUCUUAACCCUGCCUCACAAACUGUAAUACUGGUACUGUAGAAUAAACAUUUGUUCAAGUUGUCAUAAUAAAAUUUUGAAAGUUUAUUUAUUACUGAAGUUUUGUGCAUUCAUGAAAA